AUGUUCAAAACCUUCUUCAAGGCUACAGAGAUCAUCUUUGAUCCAGCAUGUGUUGAGAAGCCAAGUACAGCCCUUUCAGAGAGCCAGAAGCUCAAGCUUCAUAAAAUUUUCAAUGGAUCAGAAGCAAAAGUUGCCUCAUCUGAUCUGCAAUACUUCCAGGAUGAAGAGGAGAUUGAAGAUGAAGAUGAAGAGGAACACAAGAAGUUGGAAGAGAAGUUUGAAGAACAAAUUGAACAGGAUAUUGAAGCCUCUGGACCUAAUGUUGUCAUGCAGAGUUCCUCAGGGCUUCAAGAGCUAGACUUGGAGUUUGAGUCUGCAGAAGAUGAUGAGCCAAUCUUGACUGAAACAACAUCCAAAGUGUUCAAUCUACAUGCAUAUGUGUAUGUUCCAUCACCUCCAUAUGACUUGUCUUCUGUGAUGCUGCAGACUUUGACUAUAUAUGAGAUGAAUGAGGACAAGGGCUAUCAAGAGCUUAAGGAUCAAGAGCAAGGGCACAGGCUGAGCAUUGGAAAUCGAACUGCCUUCAUUAAGACAGUGAAAGAGGAGUUGAUGAAGUGCAAUGUGAACCCAGACUCUAUCAAGGACUCUGCAACAGCAGAUAAUUGGAGAAAACUGAAGCUGAAGCCAGAUGCUGACUCAUCAGGGUUGUCUGAGCCUAUUGAAGGAAUUUUGGAGUUUACUUCAUCCUUUGAUCAUCAAAGGUUACUAAGCCUCUUUGUCCCUGAGAAUGUAAAGGAUGGACCAGUUCAACUCAAAAGACUAGCUAAGGUUGUCAGAGAUACUUUCUGGAAUGGCUGUAAGAUCAUCAAUAAGCAACAUGCUUCUGUGCGCAAGGGAAUUAUGGGAGACUCAGGGGUAAGCAGUGGCAACAGUCAAUUCACAGCUCCCAUUUCUGAGGACACCUGGGGAAACUAUGCUACUGUGCAGUUGCACUUCUUGUGGGCUAAUUUGCAAUACUUGAAGGAUCCAUUGCAAGCCCUUCAGCAACCAGAUAAGAAGCUCUUCAUUUAUAACCAAAAGCAACAGACUGCUUUGGAAAAUUUGCAGGCUAUCUUGGACCAUAAGCAGUUUUCUGAGGAGAGAGCUACACAGGCAGUCUAUGCAACCCUCCAAGCUCUGUAUUUCCCAUCAAACAAUGACCCUGCUGCAGUGAACAUCUUCUGCAGCCCUGUCAUGGUGUUCCUAGCUUGCAGAAUGUUGAGUCCCACUGGUGGCCAUGUUCCUCCAGCUCAAGUCCCUCCAUUGCUGGCUAAAGUUCAGUUUGGUAUGCGCCUGCAGGGCCUGUACCACAUUGCAUCAAACCUGCCCAUAAGCUCAAGUGAGGAGCACAAUGGUGAUAAUCAGUGGUGGAAUUGGGUCACAACAUUCUUGUCAGAGAAUUUAAGUGAGAACAAUCUGUCACCAUUUGCAAGUCUCAGAGAUUGGAUGCACAACUUUACUAGGAUAGUGCACCAGAUGCCAAGACCAGGCACAAUCUCAUGGCCUACAGGGGAUACAUUGAGAUUAUCUGGGUACACUAUCUCAAUGGAUCAGUAUAAGAUGGCUGUGUGCUCUGCCUUGGACUCUCUUGAGGAGUUCAUACAAAACAAGGUGCUCCUUGGAGUGGACCUGGAGGCUCAUGGCAUCCACUGCAACUUCUAUGAAAUGCCAGAUGUUGAUGUGGAGACAAUUGGUUCUGGUCCUUUCUCAACCCCUGAUGCUGUGUCCUUGGAUAAUGCUGCUUCUGAUGCAUUCAUCAAUGCUGUCAUGGCAAAGUCUGAUUUUCUGGGGAAUUGCUCAGCAAAUGGCAUCACCUGGAACACUGAACAUGUCAUGGAAUGGCUGUCAGAAAUUUCCAAUGCAUGGCUAGAACUGCAGCCAUUGAUUCAUAUGACUCAAGGGCUCCCAGGAAGAGCAACAGAGGAAGAAAGGACUAAGAUAGUUAACACUGAGGAAACAAGGAGGCAUUUGUUUGUUGACAAAGACCUGGGUACCCUGGUAUUCAGGCCCAACUAUCACAAAGGUCAGGAAUUCAUAAGAACAUCAUCCGGGUCAUACCUCACCGGAUUGCCAAACUAA